AUGAUGUGCCCGACCCGAUACGUCCUUGCGGGCGUUCUCAGCUACGUGCUGCUUCUACCGGCGCGCGCGACCGCCAAGGUCGCGCCGCACGUCCACCGGCACUUGGCCGCGUACGAUACCAUGGACAUCUUUGUGACGUUUACGAGUCAUCAAGCAGCACUGGACCGUGUGGCAUCGACGCCGUCGCACCACGACCACCGAACUCGCGUCUUUCAAGCGCUGCGAGACCACGCGAUCGCGUCUCAAAAGGCGGCGUUGGCGCUUCUUCACGACCACGCGAGUACGUCCUUUUGGAUCAGCAGCAGUGCCGUCGUGCACAACGCGUCGGCUUCGAUUGUCGCGGCGCUCGCCUUGCUCGUGGAUGUCGUCACGAUCGAACCUGUCUCGGUGAUCGAGCUCGAUCCGGUGCUGUCGGGAGCCGACGACAACACGACGUCAACGGACGUCGAGUGGGGCGUGGCGACCGUCGGUGCGCCAGCCAUGUGGCCACUCGCGAACGGGUCUGGCAUCGUCGUCGGCUCCAUCGACACGGGCGUUCGCCAUUCGCACGAAGCGCUCAAGAGCAACUGGCGCCGCCACCGAGGGUG